AUACUUCUACCGAAAUUGGAGGGUCAUGCCUGCUUUAUUUCCAAAAUUCAAACAAUUACGAGUUUUGGUUUUGUAUGGUUAUGACAAGAGAAAGUUACCAAAUUCAAUUGGCAAUUUGAAGCAUUUGCGAUAUUUGAAUCUCCGCGGAGCAUCAAUCAUAGAGCUACCUCAAUCUGUGAGUAGUUUGUAUAAUCUGCAAACUUUAAUUUUACGUGAUUGUGAAGAUCUCGUUGAGCUGCCUACCAAUUUGGCAAGGUUAAUCAACUUGUGUUGUCUCGACCUCAGAGGAACAAACUUGCGAAGAAUGCCACCGCAAAUGGGUAAUCUAGUGAAGCUCCGAACGUUGACUAAUUUCAGUUUGGGAAAAUGGUGCGGGUCAGGAAUCAAGGAGUUGGGAAAGCUUCAACAUAUACAUGGAGAGCUUAGCAUUGAGAAUUUGCAAAAUAUUAACCCUAAACAUGUUUGGGAAUCCAAAUUGAGGAAUAAAGAGCAGCUGAAGACACUGGAGUUCAAAUGGGGGGGUAAAAGCAAGGAUGCAAAACAUGCAAAAAAGACGCUUGAGCAAUUAUGGCCUCAUGAGAAAGUGGAAAAUCUUUACAUAGUGGGUUAUGAUGGUACAAUAUUUCCAUACUGGGUAGGUUCCUCUUCAUCAUCCUUGUCAAAUUUAGUAUGCUUGAAGCUCAGUGAAUGCAACAACUGCUCAUGUUUGCCUCCUCUUGGGCAAUUAGCAUCUCUGAAGGACCUCUCAAUCACAGGAUUUGCAAAGCUUGUGUCCGUGGGUUUUGAGUUCUAUGGAAGUUGCCGUCCCCCAAUGAAGCCAUUUGGAUCCCUCAUAAUUUUGAGGUUCGAAAGGAUAGGACAGUGGGAGGAGUGGAAAAGUGAAGAUGGAGCUUUCCCACACUUAGAAGAGCUUUAUGUAGAACGUUGUCCCAGACUUAUAAAGGCACUGCCCAAUAAUCUUUCUUGUUUAAAGAAGCUUCAAGUUGUGCGAUGUAAAAAGCAGCUUGUGCCUUCACUUCGAGUGCCUCCUACCAUCCUUGAAAUGAUGUUAGAGGAUGAUUCCCGUUAUGUGGUGUUGAAGAAAUUGCCUUCUGGGCUGCAUAGAAUGGAAGUAAUGAAAUUGGACUCAGUAAAUUCACUAUUAGAUGGAUUAGAACAAGCGUAUGGUCUUGCCUCUACUUUAGAAGAAAUCGAAUUGUCUUGGUGUGCAAUUGAGCGGUUCCCGUUGGAGAUUUUCCCUAAUCUACAGAGAAUUGAUAUCUCCUGGUGUAAAAAUUUAAAAUCCCUCUCUGCAACUGAGGAAAUUCAAGAAGAAAGCAGUUCCUGUCCUAAUUUGACGGAGCUUUUGUUGAAAGGUUGCUCAAAUUUGAAGUCGCUGCCUGAAUGUAUAGGCUCUCAUCCUUCCCUUGUGAAAUUGGAAAUUGAAUACUGUGGAGAACUUGAGUUAUUUCCAAAAGGUGGUUUGCCAUCGAAAUUAGAAUCCCUUGCCAUCGCUUAUUGUGGAAAACUCAAAAUAAAAGUCAUUGAGGGCAUCGACAAUAAUUACGAAGGAGAUGAGGAAACGCUGCUGCUGCUGCCCUCCACUCUCACCCGUCUUAGAAUCGAUAGUCUUCAAAAUCUGGAAUCUCUCAACUACAAGGGACUUGUACACCUAAGAGAGUUAAUCAUCCUCUGCUGCCCUAACCUCCAGUCCAUUCCAUAUUGCAUGCAAGACCUCCUCCCUUCCCUUGUGAAAUUGGAAAUACAUGGUUGCCCAAAACUGGAGCCGUUUCUAGAAGGAGGUUUGCCCUCUCAAUUAAAAUCACUUGAAAUCAGUGGCGGCCAUGGAGCCAUUGCUGGGCUCAUGAAACGCGAUUUCCGGACGCUGCCAGACAAUGAAGAGGAAUCCAUACCAGAAGAGACGCUGCUGCCCUCCUCUCUUACCAAUCUUUCAAUCUCGAAUUUUGACAAUCUCAAGUAUCUAGAGCUUCACCACCUCACUUCUCUAAAUGAAUUGAGCAUUGAUGAUUGCCCUAAUCUCCAGUGCAUAGCAAAAGAAAGGUUGCCCUCCUCCCUUUCUGAUCUUUAUAUCGGAUUUGGUUGUCCUCUGCUAAGUCAACGGUGUAAAGAGAAGGUGGGGGAAGAUUGGCCCAACAUAUCUCACAUUCCAGCUAUACGUAUCUUACAUUCCAGGUAUUUAUAUUUAUCAAACAUGAUGAGGUAUUAUUAGUUGAAACUUAAAUUUGAAAUUUCUUAUAAUUUUAUGCUUAAAAGUGUUUCUCUAUUUCAUCGUAAUCAUUGGUUAUGUCCUGUUAUCAUGCAUCUUUUUUUUUUUGGGUUAUUCAUCAUAAUUUUCAAUUUUUUUUUCAUACCUUACACCUAAAAUCUUUUUCCUUGUACUACCACUUUAUACCAUAUAUUAGUGUACAACACUAAGUAUGUUGAACAUGAUUGGAUAUUCAAUUUUUUGUUAUUAAUUUUCUUUGAAGGAAAGCGAAAAAGAUUUUGUAGACAAAGGAAAUUUAUCACGUGAACCAAUGAACUUGAGUUCCUCAUCAGAAAGCUGGACAUAAACAGCUUUAUCACUUUAACAAGUUUGUUAUAACAAGUGGAAGAGGAAGCAUCAAUUGAGAAUAAAACAAAAGAAUGAAGAUAGUUUCGAGUCUAGAAGAAAAUGCCUACUGAAGCUUGGACAGGAGAGUUUGUGUUGUCUACCGUGUCUGUUAUUCCUUGUGACUGCACAUCAGGAUGAUACUAUCAUAUAUUUUGUUAUGGCACACAAAUAAUUGCUUUUCUCCCAUGUUUGAUUUGCAAAUACUAUCAUUGGAUUGUCAAGUCCUCCAUAUAAAUCCUUAUUUGCGUGGAUGUAAUCAUUGCUUAUGUACCAAUUGAUACUGAAGCUGCUUCAGCGAAUACAAGUAUUCAGCCUAGUAAUCCCAUUCCCAGCCCAAAAUAGUUUACUGAAAUACAAUUAAAGCUCUCCCAAA